AACCAAUUAAUGCCUUCAAACGUAGGAGGAGGGGUAGCUAUAAGCAGGUCAGCAUGACUCAACUCUAGCAUACCUCAGCAGUCAGCGCCCCCAGCGUUCCCAAAUCUAACUCGCGGCCACGGAAUUUCUACAUCUAAGUUGGAAAUUGUUUCUGAUUCACUCGAGUCAAUCAUGCGCCGCGUCUGUUCCGUGUUUGGGGGGAAGGGAAGGAAACAGAACGAAGUAAAGAAAUAAAGGCGGUAGUCGUACUUGUACUGAAAGCAAGUACUCGGUUAACUCCUGCCGACGUUGCAUUUGAAUUUUCCAGAUUCUCAGCCAAUUUAUAUACAGAUUCAACUUCGGAAAACCCAAAAUCAGAGUAAAUUGAAGAUGGGUUUCUUGAAGUUUGUGAUGAUUUGCUUUGAUGCUCUUGCAUGGCCAAUCCUUGCUUUGGGGUAUCCUCUAGCUGCGUCAAUUCAGGCGAUUGAGACUAAUUCUGACACAGACCGCCGGAAACUAGUUACUUACUGGGUCCUGUUUUCGUUGAUUUCCCUCUUUGAAUAUGCUUUCAUGGACCUACUUGAAUGGGUAUCAGACUGGCCUUAUGUUAAGCUACUGAUGGUCUGCUGGUUGAUGAUACCGCGCUUUGAUGGUGCUUUUCAUGUCUAUAACAAUUUUAUUCAUCCCUGUCUUUAUGUGGACCUGCAAACUAUCAUCAAGGACUUGUUUGCCAAGAGGGAAAACUUCCUAAAGGAGGCAGAGAAACGUGUAAAAGCAUAUGGAUUUGACUUUGAGGCUUUAGAGAAACUCAUCUCUUCUAGUAAGUCAGAAGGCAAUGGGCCUGGCAUCAAGCAGAAAGAUAGUGAGAAUGCAUACCCUAGUGCAGCCAGCCCGGUAAUACAAGUCAAUGGGAAGAAGAUAGUAGUGACCGCAGUGAAGCAGAUUCCUAAAGCAGAGGUAAAUGGUUUCUGGGCCAAUAAAAAGAUACCUGUGGAGAUCAAAGAAGCAGCAAAUCCCAGUAUACCUACAUUUCAACAAGUCCAGAAGACCUGGAUUCCUAAAGCAGAGCUAAAUGUCGAUAAGAACAGUAUCAAGAUACUUCCACCUGUGGAGUUCAAAGCAGCAGCAAAUCCAGGGAUGUCUAAAUUGCAGCAAGUCCAGAAGGAAUGGACCUGUGCGAUGUGUCAGGUGAUUGUCUCGAGCGAGAUUGAGUUGAAGUCUCACCUACAAGGAAGUCAACACAAUGCCACUUGUGAGGAGCUGAUGAAAGCUAAGAACCAGGCCUCCAAAAGCAGAUUUUCUGCCCCUUCAGCAUCAUACGACUUCAAAACUCCCAGAAAGGAGCCUGAGAAAUGUGCCUACGGCAGCAGAACUACGCAUCAGGAAUCUAAUAAGCCAAAUGGAGUAUGGCAGGCAGAGAUUGAGAACACAUUUGUUGAGGUUAAAAACUCAAAAUAUUUGUGCUCCGUCUGCAACAUAAGCUGCACUAGCUAUGGGGAUUUGGUCUCUCACCUCAAUGGGAAGAAACACUUGUCCCAUGUUCAAAAUUGCUAGUUUAUUCAUGCUUAUUAUACUUAUUAGGUGCUUGAACUGGAUUCUGAUAGCGUGUAAACUCCUCAUCCUUCCGGUCUUCGGGUUAUUCUUUGGUUUCUGCAUUUCUUUUAUUAUUUCAAUUUCUACUAUAAAACUAUCAUUCAAUACAAAAACUGUGUUAAUCCUUGCACAACCCUAUCAUCAUCCUUCUCAUGUUAGCAACUAGUUGAACCCAGUAGAUAGUUUCCGAUCCCGUAUCUAUGCCGCCGACAGGGAGGUCUUACAGGGGCCACGUGCACGUUGCCAUUUUUGGCCUUCCCCUUUUGGCACCCACGGCCUAACCAUCCUAAACCUCAUGCUCCGGUUAGCCUCCGUAGCUCCAGAGAUUCACUUUUCUACCUUAAGCACGGCUAAAUCCGAUGCCGGUUUGUUUCCGGCCGGUGUCCUCCCCAGCAAUAUUAGGGCUUAUGACGUGGAUGAUGGUUUAAACAUUUUGGGCUGUUAGAAAAUAUUAAAGGUGUCUUAGGAAU